GUUGUCAACGGUUCUCAGCGAGGAGAGGACCCGAGAAGGGAGGGGGGAGGAACGGACUCCCUCCGUUCUAACGGGCUUGAUUGGGCAGCCGGGGUUCUAAAGGGGUGUGGCUGGCCUUGGCCGAAGGUUAUAAAAUCGUUUGUUGGGCACCGGCCACCCUCAUUAAAGUGAGGGUGGCAGAGUUGAGUUGGGGGGUGUCACGGGGGGAAAGCAGAAGGAGGAAGAAGGGGGUGACGGGAAAAAUAGCCUAUAAAUAUAUAUUUGCAAACUUCCUAAAGUAGAAGAUCCAGCGUCCACGCAGUAGGGGCUGUCGGAGCCCCCAAGUCAGUUAGGGAUAGGUUCCUGAUCAGCAGGGAUUUAAAUAUCGAUUAAGGCGCGUAUGUGAGCCCUCCAAAGAUCAGGGUAAAUCGCGCUACUUUGCAACCUCUGUGCAGACCCAACACAAUGAAUUCCAAUGUUGAAAACUUGCCUCCACAUGUGAUCCGGCUGGUUUACAAGGAAGUCUCCACUCUAACAUCAGAUCCACCCGAGGGCAUCAAGGUGUUCCCCAAUGAGGAGGACAUUACAGAUGUGCAGGUCACCAUUGAGGGACCUGAAGGUACUCCUUACUCUGGUGGCCUCUUCCGCAUGAAGCUGAUUCUCGGCAAAGACUUCCCUGCCAGUCCACCAAAAGGCUACUUCCUGACCAAAAUCUUCCACCCCAAUGUGGGUGCCAAUGGUGAGAUCUGUGUCAACGUCCUCAAGAAAGACUGGAAAGCAGAACUGGGCAUCCGACACGUCCUGCUGACCAUCAAGUGUUUGCUGAUCCACCCCAAUCCGGAGUCUGCCCUGAAUGAGGAGGCAGGGCGCCUCCUGCUGGAGAACUAUGAGGAGUAUGCUUCCCGAGCUCGGCUCCUAACCGAGAUCCACGCCCAACCCUCCUCUGGCUUGCAUACCAAGAACCCUGCUGAGCCUUGCUCCUCUUCGGCGGGUGCCUCCGGGGAGGGUCCCAUGGCCAAGAAACACGCAGGUGACAGAGACAAGAAACUGGUUUCCAAGAAGAAGACUGACAAGAAGCGAGCUCUCCGGCGGCUUUAGGGGGCGGGGGGGCGAGGGUCCGAAACACAGGCGGGUUGUGAGCAUUGGGGGUCCCAUAUUACAUUCUCAAUUUCUCCUCUCUUUUCCUCUGCCACCUUCACUUUGAGACUGCAGUCCAACUUUGUCUUGCCCUUGUCGGAUUUUUCUUCUUUUCAGUCUUUAAGUUAUUUAAAUUAUAAAAGCAGAAAAAUCUAUUAAAUGCCUUUGUUUUCUAAGGAA